AAUAUAAAUAUAUUGUAGGUGUGUAAAUAUAUAAUAUAUAAAUAAGAUAACGGUAUGCCCUGCUUCAAGCAAGAAAAAAGCCUUCAGUUCUGCCUAAGUAAACAGAAAAAGGGAAGUAAUGGCGUGGCUCCAAAGCCGGUGCAUGUCCGUCCCGCUAGAUUUCAUGGACUAUUUGGCGUGGGCGUUGUCAGUCAGCAUUUUAUAGUGGAUAAUAAAUGGACACCCCAAUCGCUGUCGGAUCAGUUCGAUGGCAUGGCCGGUCUGCUAUCCCGUCACAACGUCUACAAGCGGUAUGAGACGAAGGCCAAUCGAUUGCGCCUCCUUAAGCUGAGCAAGCUAUUAAAAACCGAAUGCAAUGACGGACGGGCCAAGCUGAAGAAUGUCUCAAGCGCCGAUAAUCUCCAUAAGAUAAGUAACUAUCUGGGUAACCAUAUUGAUAUGCAGCGUCUUUAUCGGAGGAUGCCCAUGCAUUUGAUUGUGGACAAUAUCAAUCAGCGGAGUUUUGUCUUGCGUAAGGAGCGAGAUCGUCUGGAGUGUCGCCUGGGCCAGUUGAAGCACGAAUAUAGAGAUCUAUUGCGAGAACGCGGCAAGCUUGAGAAUCUAAUUAAGUAUGAUAACUAUGUGCUGGAAGAGGAGACAUCUCGUACAAUAAUGAAGAAAAUUGAGAAUUCUAAUGUGCGGCUGAAAGCCAUUCGCAAUAUUAAUACUGCAUAUCAUAAAAUGAUAAAGGUCCUGUUGCAGGAUGAGAUCUUUUAUGAACCCAUAUUGCGCUCUCUCGAUGACGAUAUGAACGAUCAGGUGGCUCUUAUAAAGCACAUACUAUGGCUGGGGAUGCCGGCCAUAACCAAGUACAAAGAGCUCAACUUAACUUUCCAAGGCGUUGAGGAAAAGGCACGUAGGCACUUUCAAGGUGUGUCACAUAUGUUUAAUAUGCUGCAGAAACCGCGGGCCGUAAGUCGUGUUGUUAACUACAAGGAGUUUCCAUCCGCAAAUCCCAAGCGGUAUGUUCGUGAGACGAAAAGCAUGGAGCAGUUACAGGUGCAGCUACAAUCGGUUCAGAAGACCAUCAAGGAACUGAAGAUGGUGACACUCUGUUCCCAGGCCAAGGAGAUAUAUUCGCAGUUUAAGGGUCAGAUGGAGAACAAUACGCAGCUGCACCGCAAGAUUGAGCACGAUAGACAGAGUCACUAUAUGCUCAAACUUAAAAUGAAAGGCGCUAGUGUGCUGAGAGAUGCUUUGGUUACUAAUCUAUCCGAUGAGGAGAUGAAUCGCCUGGAAUACAUUAAUAUUCUGAAAACUGCGCUAAACAAUGGCAAGUCGAUUGAAGAGUCGACUAUGAAGUAUAUAGUAGAUGGAUCUAAAAUGUACAUAUUGUUUCGCAUAAUGAUAUGGAAUCUUAUUGAAAUUCUUCGGCAUGUUGAUCAAAGUCCUAAAACUUUUCGUGUCAGCUAUCCGAAUUCGUAUUUAAAAUUGCCUUUGCUGAAAUUUGAGCUGCUCGACGUAUAUUCCGUUCCACCCGAGAUAUUCGAAGUUGACCUCGAAAAACUCAUGGUUUUACUAAAGCAUAAAAUAUACAAGCUGAUGAAUGCCUACAAAUCAGCCAAAAUGGAGUCUGAAUUGAUAACAAGUAGACAAAAAUAUCAUAACGCGUUUUUGGAAAGCUCGAACAAAUUGGAACUCUUAAUGGACGCCGAUCACAAUGUGGGCAUAUCUAUGGGUCUCGAUCAAAUGGAAGAGAAUAAGGCCAUGGUCAGUGUACCGAAUCGUAAACAGAUAAAGGCGCAGAGUGUCAAGAUAGUGGAAGACCGUAUCAAGCGGGAUGAGUGUUCAAAUCUCGCUUGAAACAUUAAUAAACUUUACACUUCGU